AUGAGCAAACAUUCAGCUGCCUCAGCUCCAACGCAUGCGGCUCCAAGCAUCUCGCUACUGCUCACCAACCUCCACCUUCUUGACCUCGAUAGCCGCGAUGACUGGCCUUCAAUCACCGCCCAAACAUUUACGAGCAAGAAUACUCUGCAAAACGAGAAGGCCCGAAUUCAAUGCGUUGAGUGGGCCUUCUACCGCUUGUUUGAGAUUUGGGACCCUGUGGAGACCAAAGACAAGCUCGGACCGUUCUUUCCUGCCUUCGUGCCGCUGCAAUCCCUGAAUCUACGUGCCGCCCUCUUCAGAUGUCUGAAUGAACUCAAGAAGAACGCAAUACUGGGAAAAGAUGUGAUAGUCAGAAAGACCUUUUUUGACGACUGUAAGGGUGAAAGGAUCCAGGAGUUGCUAGUCUCGUUUUCGACGCUUGUUCUACGAAAGGUUCUGGCCGCCGGACUCGGUGGGAAAGCAUGUAUUGCUGCACGGCUUGCUACAGCCAAAGCUCUCACGGCGAAAGACCAGAGGUCUUUCUUACCUUUAGCUGUUGCCCACCGAGCAUCUUUGACGGCUCUCCUACACAAGAAGAAGGACUUGAGAGAAAAGUACAAGGACUUCGGCCGCACUCUGGAUGCGAAGGAGCGAGAGCUAAAUCAGAGAUUCGAAGCUGCUGUCUCAACUCAGGAUCUUCUUGACAAGAACCCCAUGCCUGAUCACAAGGUCGCGCGUGUAUCGAAGCUAUUCGAGAAGAAUUGGCAGGGAGACCGUAGGCCUCUGGAGGUCAUUGCACAGGGCGAAGAACAGGGAGUGGAGGACUCUUUACUGGACAGACCAUUUUCGGAAACUUGGCUGCAAAUAUCUGCUGGCACUUUCGAUGGGGCAACCGGAACCAGCUGGCAGGGUCUCCUACAGGACUUGGACAAGAGGGUAGCAACCCAGGAGGCAAGGCUCACUGACUGGAAGAACUUCAGGGAGGCAAUGAAGAGAGAUGACAAGGCUAUAUCGGCUGCCCGUGACACAAGCUCAACGUUGAUACAAAUCCGAGAUAAGAAUUCGCAUGACCAGAGACAAAGAGACUUCGUCUUUAGCCCGAGAAAAAGCCCGAGGAAGAGCGAUUGGGAGGUGGGGGAAAGAAAGAACGAAACAUCGCCGACCCACCCGAUGCGAUUGAGAAAGGAGAAUACUCAAGACGAGCUCAAGGAGCGGGACCCUGUUUUUAGCCCAAGGAAAAGCCCUCUGAAGAGUAUGCUACCAGUCGAGGAUCCAGGAGCCGACACAUCUCCCGCUUACUCGCGAGCAGCUUCGAAGCAGAAGGAGACAGAGAGUGUGGCCACUCGGAAUGGAGACCUAGGUGGUAUUACAAAAAGCCCAGUACGAGGUAAUCUGCGGGACUAUCAAGAAGGAGACACCGCCAACUCCUCUUCUCAUGUGUCUAGUAUGGACAAUACGGAUGAGUCUGGCUUCUCCGAAAUCUCUGACGGACAGCUCCAAUUAAGCGAACCAUCAGACCACACGGUACGCAUUGAUCACUUAGACUCAACGCAACAUUUAGAUCAGAAUGGAGCGUCAUCAACCCCCAACAAUAAAAAGGACGAACCGCAAAAGCUUGAAAAUAGAUUCAGCGACAUUCCCAGGCCAUCAGACCAUCCACAUACGCUUUCCACCAAAAACAGCGAUCCAGCCACGUUGGACGAUGAUGACUCUUGGAUUUCUUCUCUACCAGUGGAAGACAAGCAGGAAGACAUAAUUGAAUCUGAGUCGCCAAAUGAAGACGACAUACUCGCGGAGCAGAUCGUCUCAAUGACCAUCAACGCCGUUCCAACGCCCGCAAAGUCCAAAGUGUCCCUGAUAGAAAGGACCCGUCAAUCGAUGGCUUUGGCCAGCCCUGUCGGGCUGCAGAGUUUGCUACCAGAAGGACCUCCCUCAACGCCAUUGCCUCCUAUAGCCUCCAAGACAUCACAUCCAACUACCGAUCCUAGCGGUCCAACGACCCUCCUCGAGCGCACGAGACAAUCAAUCUCACUGGUACCCUCAAUUCCCAAAGGAUCUCGCAAAUCCAUGCUUGACCGCCGCACUUCCAAACCUUAUCCAACAAAUCAGUUUGAAACACCCAAGAGACAGCUGGAGAGGGUGACUGAAUUGACUCCGCCGGAAGAGCUAUUCAGCCCUGGAGCAGGGUAUGAUAGCGUCUUCAAGAGUAGGCCGAAAAUUGCGUACAGUCCGAAUCCCUCGCCUAAGCCUGGUGAUGAUCCCGAGACGGAUGCUGCUGAAGGCGAGAGGAAUGGCAAUGGCAGGGUUAGGAAGGGGCAGAGGGAUGCAUCGCCACUAGCAAGAAUGACGACCAAGGUCUAG